GCGCCCGCAUCCCGCUGUCGCAUCUCCCGAGAGCCCCGACACCCGGACCGGAGGGAAGCGGCGCCCCCCAAGCCCAUUUCCCUCCGCCCGCCCGUCUAUGCGUCUGGCUGUGGCUUCUGCCGCUUCGCUCUCUCCCGGGGCCCACGGGAGACCAUGGCCACCCGGCAAGUCCGGCGCAACCACCACCUGCUGUUCACGGGCAUCCUGACGCUGAUCUUGGUGGUCAUCUUCCUGCUGUUCUACGCGCUGCUCUGGCAGGCUGGCAACCUCACGGACCUGCCCAACCUGAGAAUCGGCUUCUACAAUUUCUGCCUGUGGAAUGAGCUGGCCAACUCCCUGCAGUGCUUCCAGUUCCCGGAGUUGGAGGCCCUGGGCGUGCCGCGGCUGGGCCUGGGCCUGGCUCGGCUGGGCGUCUACGGGGCACUGGUGCUCAGCCUCUUCGCCCCCCUGCCGCUGGUGCUGGUCUGGUGCCACCGGAACCAGGGCGAGUGGCAGCUGGUCGUGGGGCUCCUGAUCACGGCCUCGUUGCUGCUGGGCAGCGGCCUGAGCCUCUUCUUCACCUGCGUGUGGCGCUGGGUGCAGAUGUCCCUCCUGGGCCCCGGCUUCCUGGCGCUGGGCCUCGCCCAGGUCCUUCUCCUCCUCCUGCUGAUGGCCGCGGUCACCUUCCUGCCCAGGGGGGAGAAAGGCCACAGGCAGCUGGAGAGCUGCUAGUCCCCACUAAAGGCUUAUCUGACACAAGGGCUCCGCCUGAACUCUGCCGGGGAGAAGGCGCCGGAGGAUGGGGGUCCCAAGGUGGGACACCUUC